CCAAGCGGAGGGGGCGGGGCUCCGCCCGGCUGAGCUGCUGCCGCUGGUGGUCUGAGGAAGCUGAGGCGCGGGGCCCGAAGCCGAGAGGAACCUGGACGGCGUCGGGCGCGAGGGCGGGCGUCCCCGGAGUCGUAGCACGGGAGUCGGCCGUCGGCACUCGGCCUCCCUACUUGCAGGUUCCCUCCCGGGACGCGGGAGAACCCGGAGCGCGGCGGGGGUGCGAGGUGGAGCAGGCGGGGGCGGCCAAUGCGAAACUGGCUGGUGCUGCUGUGCCCGUGUGUGCUCGGGGCCGCGCUGCACCUCUGGCUGCGGCUGCGCUCCCCGCCGCCCGCCCGCGCCGCGGGGGCCGGCCGGGCAGGUGUUGGUUAUUCGGUCAAGAGUUUUGAGGUCUUCGGGCCGUGGAUCACGUUUGUGCGUGUUUUAAAAGAUCAGUUGGCCUUACUUCCCCAGUGGAAAUCUAGGCAUUAUGAUGUGGUAGUUGGUGUGCUGUCAGCCCGCAAUAACCAUGAACUUCGCAAUGUGAUAAGAAGCACCUGGCUGAAGCAUUUAGUACAACACCCAGCAUUAAGUCAACGUGUGCUUGUGAAGUUCAUAAUAGGUGCUCAUGGCUGUGAGGUGCCUGUGGAAGACAGGGAAGAUCCUUAUUCCUGCAAACUACUCAACAUCACGCAUCCAGUUUUGAAUCAGGAAAUUGAGGCGUUCAGUCUUUUGGAAGACACUUCAUCAGGGCUCUCUGAGGACCGAGUUGUCAGCGUGAGCUUCCGAGUUCUCUAUCCAAUCGUUAUUACCAGCCUUGGGGUGUUUUAUGAUGCCAGUGAUGUGGGUUUCCAGAGGAACAUCACCGUCAAGCUUUAUCAAGCAGAACAGGAGGAGGCCCUCUUCAUUGCUCGCUUCAGUCCUCCGAGCUGUGGGGUGCAGGUGAACAAGCUGUGGUACAAGCCUGUGGAGCAGUUCAUCUUACCAGAGAGCUUUGAAGGUACAAUCGUGUGGGAGAGCCAAGACCUCCAAGGCCUUGUGUCAAGAAAUCUCCACAAAGUGACAGUCAAUGAUGGGGGAGGAGUUCUCAGAGUCAUCACAGCUGGGGAGGGUGCCUUGCCUCAUGAAUUCAUGGAAGGUGUGGAGGGAGUUGCAGGUGGCUUUAUUUAUACUAUUCAGGAAGGUGAUGCUCUCUUAAAAAAUCUUCAUUCUCGCCCUCGAAGACUUCUUGAUCAUAUAAGUAAUCUCCACGAGGAGGAUGCCUUACUGGAGGAGGAAAGCAGCCUCUAUGAUGAUAUUGUGUUUGUGGAUGUUGUUGACACUUACCGAAACGUUCCUGCAAAAUUAUUGAACUUCUAUAAAUGGACUGUGGAAACAACCAGCUUUGAUCUGUUGCUAAAGACGGAUGACGACUGUUACAUAGACUUGGAAGCUGUAUUUAAUAGAAUCGCCCUUAAGAAUCUGGAUGGGCCUAAUUUUUGGUGGGGAAAUUUCAGAUUGAAUUGGGCCGUUGACCGAACCGGGAAGUGGCAGGAACUGGAGUACCCCAGUCCCGCUUAUCCCGCCUUUGCGUGCGGCUCAGGGUAUGUCAUCUCCAGGGACAUCGUCCACUGGCUGGCUGGCAACUCGGGGAGAUUAAAGACCUACCAGGGUGAAGAUGUAAGCAUGGGCAUUUGGAUGGCAGCCAUAGGACCUAAAAGAUAUCAGGACAGCCUGUGGCUGUGUGAGAAGACCUGUGAAACAGGAAUGCUGUCUUCCCCUCAGUAUUCUCCGCAAGAACUAACACAGCUGUGGAAACUGAAGGAGUUGUGCGGUGAUCCUUGUCGGUGUGAAGCAAGAGGAGGAUGAGGUCAAUUCGCAGUGUUAAAGGACAACAGAAGUUCUGACACAGGAACUCUGAGAAGACGUGACAGCAAGCCUUUCACCUUUUGAAUUGUCAUGGAUUCUAUCAAGGAAAAGAAAAACCAUCAAGUUCUCUCAAAGGACAGUUACCUGUAAAAUGAGCUCACGUGACAAGACCACAACUGUAAUGACAGCUGUCACUGUCAUUUCAUACUAUCAAUUUACCCAGGUAAAUGAUCAGGGAACGGCUCACCCACCGCGUGGGCCACCAGAUCAGUGUCACCACUUAGGGGGUCGUUUGGGAGGCUGGGGGAAACGGAGCCGAUGACUGACCUAAGUGCCCUUUGAUAAUGAGUUUUCAUACCAUUUCAGCGGUGUUUAAUAGUUCCUCCUUAACCUGAGUAAACCAGAAAUCAUAUUCUCAGCACAGAAGAAUAAACGUGAGUGAAAUCAUUAACUUUUUAAACCUUUGUGCUUACUUACUUACUUAUGAGGUACUGAGAGAACGCUGGCAUGGGGGUCGGGCGCCAUGAGGAUGCGUCUCAGUCUCUCUGGCUUUAGUUUCCUCCUCUGUAAAGUGAGGUGUAGACUAAUGCUCCACAAGCCCCCUUCCAGCGCUCCCAGUCUGUAAUCAUUGUGGUUUAUGUGUGUAAUGCGAUACACAUACAGGGGACCACCAGGCAUGGCAAUGUAACUUAAUGAGGAAAAGCUUUGGUUUGUUCAGAAAACACUAUGAACUUCUCUCCAAAGAUGGGUAUGGUAAAUACUGGACGUCUGAUUAUGAGCACAGUUUCUUUGAAGCUUUAGCUGGAGGUACAGCAAUAGUGUGGUGUUCCUACAACAAUCACAUGUAUUCAAACAAAUAUUUUUCUAUCAAAAACAAUUUUUGUAAAAGCUGUUUUUAUGCAACUUGUGAUAAUAAAUGUUUAUUUUAGAAUAAAAA